GUUCCUCCUUGAGAACAUGUUCUCUUAACUAUGAGCCACCUCUCCAGCUCUGUCUGGUAUCGCUCAGGAAAUUCCCCACAGAUCUGUUUACAGGCCAACCCUGUCUAGACAUUCUCUCAUUGAGAUUCCCUUUCCAGGUGACUCCAUGAUGUGUCAAGUUGACUGUUAGAUGAACCAGCACAUGCCGCUUGCUUGCCUGGCCCUUGUCUCAUGUUAUGUUUGUCCUCCAGGAAGAUGUAGCCAUGGCAAUGACAGGAUCAACACCUUGCUCAUCCAUGAGUAACCAUACGAAGGAGAGGGUGACAAUGACCAAAGUGACACUGGAGAAUUUUUAUAGCAACCUUAUCGCUCAACAUGAAGAACGAGAAAUGAGACAAAAGAAGUUAGAAAAGGUGAUGGAAGAAGAAGGCCUGAAAGACGAAGAGAAACGACUCAGAAGAUCCGCACACGCUCGGAAGGAAACAGAGUUUCUUCGAUUAAAGAGAACAAGGCUUGGACUGGAAGAUUUUGAGUCUUUAAAAGUCAUAGGCCGAGGAGCAUUUGGUGAGGUGCGGCUUGUUCAGAAGAAAGACACAGGGCAUGUGUACGCAAUGAAAAUCCUGCGCAAAGCAGACAUGCUCGAGAAGGAGCAGGUUGGCCACAUUCGUGCGGAGCGUGACAUUCUAGUGGAGGCAGACAGUUUGUGGGUUGUGAAAAUGUUCUAUAGUUUUCAGGAUAAGCUAAACCUCUACCUAAUCAUGGAGUUCCUGCCUGGAGGGGACAUGAUGACUUUAUUGAUGAAAAAAGAUACUCUGACAGAAGAGGAGACUCAGUUUUAUAUAGCAGAGACAGUGUUAGCCAUAGACUCCAUUCACCAGCUGGGAUUCAUCCACAGAGAUAUCAAGCCAGACAACCUUCUCUUGGACAGCAAGGGCCAUGUGAAACUUUCCGACUUUGGCCUUUGUACAGGCCUGAAAAAAGCACACAGAACAGAAUUUUAUAGGAACCUGAACCACAGCCUGCCCAGUGAUUUCACUUUUCAGAACAUGAAUUCCAAAAGGAAAGCAGAGACCUGGAAAAGAAACCGACGCCAACUAGCCUUCUCUACAGUGGGCACUCCUGACUACAUCGCUCCAGAGGUAUUCAUGCAGACGGGGUACAACAAGCUCUGCGAUUGGUGGUCACUUGGGGUGAUCAUGUAUGAGAUGCUCAUCGGCUACCCACCAUUCUGUUCCGAGACCCCACAAGAGACAUACAAGAAAGUGAUGAACUGGAAGGAAACUUUGACCUUUCCUCCAGAAGUUCCCGUCUCCGAGAAAGCCAAGGGCCUGAUUCUCAGGUUCUGCUGUGAAUGGGAACAUAGAAUCGGAGCCCCUGGAGUUGAGGAAAUAAAAAAUAAUCCUUUUUUUGAAGGUGUUGACUGGGAACACAUCAGGGAGAGACCAGCUGCGAUAUCUAUUGAAAUCAAGAGCAUCGAUGAUACCUCAAACUUCGAUGAAUUUCCAGAGUCUGAUAUUCUUAAGCCCACAGUGACCACAAGUAAUCAUCCUGAGACAGACUACAAGAACAAAGACUGGGUCUUCAUCAAUUACACAUACAAGCGCUUUGAGGGCCUGACAGCCAGGGGGGCCAUACCUUCCUACAUGAAGGCAGCAAAAUAGGGCCUGUGCUGGGAACCCUAAACGGGGCAGCGGUCUCUGUACCACACUGUGGUUUUCCUCUUGCGCUCUUGAAAGAACUUCCAAGAAGUUUGUAGAACUCAUUAAUACGUCCUAGUCAAGUCUCUGAAAUGUGAUUGUAAGUGGCUAUUCCUCCACGGUGCUUGCUUCUUUUGAAGCCCCAUGAGCCAGUUUGGUAUGUGCUGUAAAGAGAAUUUGAUUUCCCCAAGUUGAUCAGGAUGGAGAAAAGCAGCCACCCACUGUUACUGAGAUUACCCACACUGAGUACCAGCCAACACCCUGUGCUGUGGUGAUAUGCCACCUGCCAAGCCCACCAAGUAUUUUUCUCUUUGUAGCUGAAAAUUCUGUAGUUAAAUAAGGCAAUAAUGAAAGUCUGUGUGAACAGCCAACAGUGUAGCAGAAGGAAAGCUCUCUGUCUUGCAGGUGCCAGUGGUUUCUCCCGGUACCUUGGCCCUCACAAGUGGCUUUCCACAGCCUUCAUUCAUGGUGCACUUUACUUCUGGUACUAGGACAAAGGCCCUGAUCCACUGACCCGUCUCCCACCCAAAAGACUCAUGCUGCUCUUCUGUUGAUGGGAGCGGUACUAGUGCGAUCCUUUUUGAUCUUAGAAAGCCCACAAAGCCACUGGGCACUGCCAAGGAGUUCUGGACCAUGUGGACAACCCUUCCCUUCCCUUCCCGGCUGUAGAUCAUCUUGAGGCACAAGCUGCCUACCAGCAAGCAAUACCUGCAAGACUGCCAUGCAAGCGCCCACAGCCUCCUUGGGAGUCAGGGCAGAACCAGCCCGCUGGGUCCUUGAGCUCAUUCCUCAAUCCAUGGUGCAACCGUGUUUGUCUUGGUAUUUCCUUACCCCAACUUUAGCCAUUUUUGCCUUGGAAUCAUGAUUACAAAAUUUUCCUUUGCAGAUGCCUUCUUGGGGCAUUCUUGUCCCUCCACCCAAAAGGGUUGCCUGCAGCUUGGGCUGACCUGCCUCUGCUGUGGCGUUCUCUCAUGAGAAACACUGAAUUUAGCACAAAGUGCCUUCUCUGUCACAGCUGCUGCCACCUUUAGAAGACUUUUGCUGUGUCAGAAAAAUGUGGAGGUUCCAUAUUAAUGCAUUACUAGAGUUUGGUUUUAAGUGUUGAUAACUGUUAAAGCAUUAUUUGCACCUGUGUGGUAACUUGCAGUGUCAUUGGCCAAGCUACAACUGGGAUCAGCCCUCUGCUGGUCCUGAAGUUGUGAAGGGUCAGCUCAGUCUUAGCCCAGCCAUUCAGAGGAUAGAAUGUAAGACUUAAAAUUGUAAGCAAAACUGCGCUGUGUUUUCAUGUUAGAUGAAGAAAAAGGAAUGUUAGGGAAGUCUUAACUCUGGGUUAAUCCUCUAUUCAGAGCCUGCUAAUGCAAAGGAGAUAGAAGGAACAGCUGAGGUCCUGACCCCUCUGUGUUUGCAGGAGUGUGUGGUGAGCAUGGGAGAGUAAGAAUAGUGGUAGAGUCUGUGUGGUGGGGAUGGUUCCUUUUGGGGGAAAAUGUCCACAUUUUAACUAUUCAACUUUUGAAUAAACUGUGAAAACGAUAAUGAA